UCCGCCGCCCCAUGGGGCCGGAGGCUCCUCCUAACAUCAUGAACAUGGAUGUUGAUAACCAGGAUGGCUGGUCCUUGGUCAGUACUAAAAAGAAAUCUCUGAAUAAAAAGAAUGACAGUCAUUCAGGAGAAGCUACUAAGAGGUGCGCGUCCCCAAACAUCGAAGAUAACGGUACCUCGAAGCGGAAACCGUCCACCAUGACGGACAUUACAGCGCCACCUCGUGCUCCUCUGAGGUACCCUGCGAGUAUAAGGGUUCGGCCACUAUUAUCCUAACCCUCAAAAAUGAUCGAUGUAAAAGAAGCAAGUCACAGAAUAUGAUCGCUAAAGUUGUGAGUUCUCUAAAAUCCGGUGCUCAGUUCAUGCAGCCGCGUGGUUUCAACAGGGCUGAAGUAAUGUUUAACAACAGUAAAGAAGCGAACCUAUUCCUGGACUCUCCUGCUCUUCAUGACGCUGGCAUUUCGGCUUUUGCCCCCAAACAGAAGAUCGAAAAAAAGGGCCUUCUCAAAGGCAUUUGUCUCGAUGUUAGUAUGGAGGACCUUAUGGAGCUCUCCCUUUCUCCAUGCAAAAUCACCUUUGCAAAAUGUUUAAAUAGAAAGAUACGUGAUCCUGACUCCAAGGAGAUAUCCUGGGUUCCGUCUGAAACCAUCCUCCUAACCUUUGAAGGAUCUGUAGUUCCCGAGAAGAUUCAGGUAUUCGGAAUACUCAACAAAAAUAUUGAGCCUUACAUCGAACGGGUGAGAACCUGUGUCAAUUGUGGAGGCUAUGGACACACCGCUUCUAGAUGUAGAGGACCAACCAUCUGUUUCAAAUGUGGUGAACACAAAAAAGAUGAACAGCACUCCUGUGACGCUCCUACUGGUUGUCUUCAUUGCAAGGGCGAUCACUCUACCUUCCACCCGGAUUGCCAAACCAUGAUCUUCAACCAAGAAGUUAAUCCAACCCUUGCCUUCUAUGAUGUCUCUAUAUAUGAAGCACUUACACAAACCAGAAAGAAACUUGGUCUUGUAAAACAAAGACCUCCAAGACAGUCAUCCGCUAACUCAUCCAAUCCCUCAUCAUUUCCUUCUCUUCCUCCAUCUACAUCUAAAAAAGAAUACACUUUGAGAACCAUCGGUGGCAUUCAGAAGGAACGCCCUGCCAGUCAAUGGAAUAACAAUAUCCUAAAAACGUAUUCAAAGAAUAAUGCCAUUGUCGGCAGCUCUUCUUCAAUCAUUUCGCUACCAUUGGAAUCUCCUCAGAAGGAAUCUUCUUCUGCUAAACUCGCAUCGCAUUCCUCCAAACCUUCAACAUCCUCUCACACAAACCGGGAAACAACCCAACAAAAUAGCAGCUUAAAAUCCAAAUCUCUUCCCACCAGCAAAUUUCUCGUCAAGAACAUCUCUUCCUCUUCAAUCUCCAAAAACAAGUAAACAUGGAUACUGCACAAACAGCCAAUUUUAACGUGCUGUUUUGGAAUUGCCGGAACAUUGUCAGCAAGAAGCCAGAUUUAGAGCUUAUUUCGUCCUUGUAUGAUGUUAUAAUUUGUGUUGAGACUUGGCUCAACCCCAACUUGUCAUUUAGUCUUCCUGGUUUCUCUAUAAUCAGAUGAGACAGAUCUUGUCGAAGGGGCGGUGGUAUCGCCAUCUUCCUAAAGAAGAACCUCCUCUGGUCCCACAUCAGCUCCAUUUUCAUCGAUAAUAACUUGACGGAAUCACUCACCAUCCGUAUUAGUCUAAGCGACUUACAUCUCACCAUUUGUACACGCUACAGACCCCCGUCUUCGAAUUUCGAUCAGGACAAGUGGUAUCAGCUCCUGCAACAACUUCAACAACAGGGACCAUUUAUUUUGGUCGGUGAUUUUAACUAUCACCAGCAUGAAGCAUGGAACUGCAUAAAUGAUUCACGGGCAGGGGAACAUUUUCUUCAAGUUCUUGAAGACACUGUUACGUCGCGAGCGAGAUACGGCGCGCGACGUACAAAAUAAAAAAAAAGAAAAUUAAUGAUGGUUUACAAUACGCGGUUGAGAACGGUAUUAGCGCUGCCACCAGUCCUAAUCGCUCGUGACGAUGUUGAAUCACUCACGAUUAGAACAAUAAAAGAGUUGUUAGAUAAGUUAAUAGAUUAAUUUAGAGAUUAAUCGGGUUCGUCAAUGCUCUAGUCCCAUACGGGCCCCUCGUAUGAACUUGUGCUAGAAAUUAGGCGUGUUAGUGAAGGAAAGGAAGUGUUUGAAACGUAAAUGAAUUAAAACUGGUUAGGUGUAACAAAAAUAUAAUUUCGGAAAAAUAAUCGUGACAAUAAAAGUGGUUGGUUAACAGGAAGUACGAGCUGUUUGAAAUACAAGAGAAAAUAGAUAUAUUAUAAAGAAAAGUAUAAAUUAUAUGAAAAUGAAGCUAUUGAUUACUGGUUAAUUAAAGUUUGAUUAAAUGAUUCGAUGAUUUGAGCGACGAUGUUCUGUGAACCUUUAUACGCGAAAAUGAAAAGAGAGAGAGAGGUCCCAGGGGGAAAUUACCAGAACGACGGUUUCGUGGGGCCGUCUCCUCUGGAUGCGAAUCGGAAUUUAUUCAAGAAUAUUAAUGUUCGAUACCUUAAAUCGUAACGUUGAACGGCACGAUCUAGUGGGAUAUUUUCCAGAACGCCCGGUUCCGUAGAUCGCCCGUUUUGCCUCACUAAAUCCAGAUUUGUCGUAUUGGAUAGAAAUGAAAUGGACAACUUACCAAGAUCGAUGUAAAAUAGUAUAUGAUAAGACUUUGAACUAUUUGUCGCUUAUUUAUCUCUGGUGUCGUCUAGAAUCUGGAAGUCAAAGAAGAGAUGAGAAAACUGUCACUUGCACUGCGCGUUCGCGAUCGGCCUUUUAUUACGGUGUUACGGGACGAUUAAUUACGAGACGAAUACAAUCUAAUUGCAAAACGACGCGACGCGGGAAAAGAAAAAUAAAUAAUAUACGAACAAUAUAAAAACGAAAGAGAAAAGAUAGAAAUUGAAAA